GAUCUAGAAAGCAGACAACAUGUUGCAUUAAUCUGUUAAUCACAUAGGUGCUUCAAUAUAAGCUAUGUGUACUAGUAUUGGAGUAUUGAACUGUACUGUUGAGCAUUGAGCAAUUUGAGCAUUGAGAGUAAUGUUGUUUAAACUGUACAAUGUACAGGCAAUAAACCCACGUGGAAUGAAUCACUAAUAAAGUCAGUCUUGAAAUGAGAGGUAUAAGUUGAGGACAAAACUGUAUCAUAUUAAAAUUUGGUUAACCAAGAGUUGUAUAGUUGUAUCAGGACUGAGGAGAGUAAAGCAGGAUAGAUACUCAAUACUGAGAAAAGCACAACGUCUAAAGGUUGAGAAAACUGAAUCACACAUUUCAGAAUGGGAGACAUCACAAGUCCACCGAAUGAACUACAGAGUGGACCUAAUGUAUGUGGUUGACCUUGAGGUUGAGAGGACAAAGGAGGUCAUGUCCCAGUAUAACCAAGAGACAGUACAAGUGGUGUCUCCUUCUCAGGCACACAUAGUAUAUGCAGAUAAAAGUGUUUCUGCUGUUGUAGUAUGUUCUCCUACAUAUGCUCAUGAGGAAAUUGUCAAAGAUGCACUGAAAAAUGAAAAGGCUGUGUUCUGCGAGAAGCCUAUAGCUGAGAGUGAGGAGGGAACUGCAUCAUGCUACGAUGAAGCGAAGAGAGCAGGGAAACCUCUAUUCUGCUCAUUCAACAGACGUUACGACCCAGCGCUGCAGUCUAUCUACAGAGAAGUGAAGGCUGGGAAGAUAGGACAGGUACAGACCAUCAAGACAUGUGCCAGGGAUUGUCCACUACCUCCCAUUGCAUAUCUUAAAACUUCUGGGGGUAUAUUUCAUGAUUGUGCGGUACAUGAUAUUGACUUGGUAUGCUGGAUUCUUGAAGAAUACCCUUGUUCUGUGUUUGCUAUGGCCCAUGCUCAUGUACCAGAGAUUGCAGCAAUGGGAGAUGUAGACUCAGUGGCAAUAAUGAUGAAAUUUCCAUCAGGAGCAAUAGCAACAAUAGACCUCAGUCGGAAUGCCAAAUAUGGUUAUGAUCAACGAAUUGAGGCAUUUGGCGACAAGGGCAUGAUAGCUUCAGAAAACCAACAACCUGACAAUGUCCAGUUCUCUGGAAAUGAUGGCAAACUAUCAACACCAAUACAACAUUCCUUCCCGACAAGAUACAGAGAGUCAUACAUCAAUGCUUUACAACACUUUUUAAAUGUUCUACAGGGUAAAGAAGAGUUAGCGAUAACCAAGACAUCAACACUUAAGUGUAACAAGGUUGCGACAGCUUGUGAGGAAUCAUACAAAACAGGAGUCUCUAUCCAACUUAACCUGAAUAAUGGAGAUUUGUAAUAUAGACAACAAUGACACUUUAUGACAUUGUGAAUGAUAAGUUAAAUAAUUCCAGAUAAUACUGUAUUAUAGAAAUGAUUACAGAAAUAAAAAUAUUACAUAU